AUGAAUAACAAUUUCAACAUAAAUGUUCAGGUGGACAAUGCGUUCCUCAGUGAACACGAGGUUGAGGUGAAUGGUUAUUUCGCCAAAUUGUACACCGGGGAAAUUACAGUGGACACGAUGAUAGAUAUCAUGAAGAGCUUGUCCGGUUCCCCCAAAGGAUCCAAAAAUAAUGAUGUGUAUAAAUCAAUGUUAUUAAUUUUGUUUAAUGAGUGUAGAUUUUUCCCAAAAUAUCCCUCAGAGGAGCUGGACACCACUGCACAGCUAUUUGGAAAAUUAAUAAAGCACAACUUAUUGCUAUCCUAUGGCAAUACCUUGGCUGUUGCAUUGAAGUGCAUUCUGGAAGCUUUUAAAAAAGGAAAUGAUUCUAAAAUGUUCAAUUUUGGAAUUACGGCUUUGGAACAGUUUGAAGAUUCUCUAAUAUGUUACCCCAGUUUUUUGUCUUCCUUGAUAGCGGUUACUACCCUAAGGCAGUACAACCCCCAAUACGUCAUUCAUUGCAGCAAUUUAUUGAACACCCUUCCAGAGCACUUCAGGAGUUUACCUUACAUAGAUGCCUCUACAAUAUUAAAAAUAAAACACCUAGCUGAAAUUGGUGCAAACAGUAGCACAACGGAUGCGAAUAUAUCUCAGGCGUCAAAUGAUGACGUCAAAAAAAUAUCAACCCAUAAUGGAAACAAUUUGAAGAAUGUAAAUAAUUUAAUUUCCUCAAUGGGCAUAACCAUGUCUACUAGCGGCCAUGUUGACAAUACAAAUGUAAGUAACAACCUUGGUGGUUCUAGCACCUGUAAUAGUAAUAAUAAUAACAGCACUAUCGCCAACGCCCUAAACAAUAUGGUGAAGGGAAACAGCGGUACUAGCGCCAACCUAACUAAUGACAAUGUGCUAUCCUACAUCAGUGACAUUUUACCAAACAGUUCAAGUCUUGUGCAGCAUCACCCACAUCUGCAGUCCAGUUUGCAAUCCAGUUUGCAGUCCAAUCAGCAAGCCAGUCAGCAAACCACCCAGCACACCCCAGGUAGAAGUGAACAUGUUUUUAAAAAUAAAAAUAUAAACGAUAACCUAAACGGUAACUUUAACGUAAACAUAAACAACAUCCCCUCCCCUGUUAAGAACCAUAACAUCACUACCAAUGUAAACUUACUAAACGGUGAUAAGACAAGCACCCCUUUGGGUGCCAUGAAUCAGUUAUAUGCCAACCGGUCCUACGUAUCUCCAAAUGGAAGCAACCAUAUUAACCGCAUUUUAACCACCCAAGGCAACCCGUUCAACCUUGGGGGUAGGGAAAUUGUGUCCCUCAGUAACGCUUCCAUUCUCAAUGAGCAUGCAGGAGAAAUCGGAAUGAGCAGUGUGGUCGAUGGUUCUAAAUAUGCCAGUACGCCCGAAGGGAUCAAACGCCCGAAUGUUAAUCUGAAUAGUGAUAAGCGUGACGGCAUGACCAUUGGCAACAACUUCGCAAGUGGUAACCCGCUCAGCAGCAGGGACAAAGAGGAGCAGUUGUGCCAAAUAAUGGAAUCGUUCUACGAUCAAGUGCAGGUGAAGUUACCACCUAAUUUGAGCCUAAACAACAUUGGGGGGUUCGGAUUAGGCCAAAUAGAAUGCCUAAUGGACAACACCGAUUUAACUAAAAAUAUUAUUGUACCAUCGCCCCUAAUAAUAGGCGAAGUGUUUAGCAUUUUUAACACCCUCUGCUCAUUCAAUAUUGAUGAGAAAAUUAAAAUUUUAAAAGAAGUCAUGCAGCCAGAGCACUACAGCUGGCUAGCCUUUUACAUUGUCAAAUCCAGGGCCUCCAAGGAAGUAAACCUCCACGAAGUUUUCCUGGAGUUCAUUGAUAAACUAAGCUAUCCUAUGCUUAUCGACACGAUCAUAAAUAUGACUUACGAGUGUAUACUCAUCCUAUUCAAAUACAUAAACGAAUUGAAAGAAGUUAGUGCAUUUAAAACAGUGCUGAAGAAUUUAGGCUCCUGGUUAGGGUUCAUAACCCUAGGGAGAAAUAGACCCUUAAAAUCGAAAAUCUUAGAUUUAAAGUUAGUUCUAUUUGAAGCCUACGAAAAAGGCUGCCUAGUGUGCAUACUACCAUUGAUAUGCAGAAUUUUAGAAUCUAUAAAACUGUCUAAAAAUUUUAAGCCUCCCAACCCUUGGACCACAACUAUGCUAUGCUUACUAACAGAAAUUCAUCAACUCCCAAAUGUGAAGACGUACACAAUAUUUGAGGUGGAAAUUUUGUUUAAAAAUCUUGCCUUAGAUAUUCAUGCCUUUAAGAAUAAAACCACCUUACUAAGUAAGCGAAGUGUUGCACACAAUAGGAAAAGUGAAUUGCUCAUACCAAAAGGUAGCAACAACAACCAAGAGAAUAGCAGCGCUUUACCUCUAAGUGAAGACUUGAAAAAUCUCCCACGUAGGGAAGGCCUAACAGGUGUUGUUAAUAGUCAUAUAGGUAGAGUACAAGGUGGAUUGACUCUGAACCCCAGACUGGAAGAGUUGGAAAAUGUAACAAAUAUUACCGCAAGGGAUAUACCAAGUAGUGUGCCGCAUAAUGCACUACCGAGCUCGAGGUUCAUCCCAGAAAAAGGGGAGUACACUAGGCGAAACAAUAACCUUCCAAGUUAUAACGUUGAUUAUGUUGAUUCUGAAUGGAGCAAGGAUGAUGUCGACAGAAUUGAUGCUCUGACAAAUGACAUGACGUUAGUUUCCACCUUUCCCCCCCCAGAUGUAAAUCUAAUAAAUGCAAGCUACAACAAAAAGGUGGCUGGUGGUGGAGGUAAAAAUGUAAGUGCGAUGGGUGAGCAACACCCCCUCAAUGUGAGCUAUGCCACUAGUGCCAGCUAUAUUGGUAACGCCAACCAUUAUGAUAACACCGCCGAUUACUACGACGGCACUGCCAACUACUAUAACAGUAACGACAAUAUGGACAGUCCAGAAAUUUCCAUUGACAACAAUUUAAUUAAUAACAAAAUUAAUAGUAGUAAGUUUUUGCAGAGCCUGAACAGUGCAAUAAUUGUAUCUCCCUCUAUAGCUCUUUUUCAAAUCCAGCCGGGUUUAAAAAGCCUAGUUACUAUAGCAUUUUAUCAAGCCAUUAGGGAAAUCAUCGCAGCUAUAUUAGACCGAUCGGUAGCUAUAUCUUGUGUUACAACGAGAGAAAUUGUGUGUAAAGAUUUCUGCCUGGAAAGAGAUGAAACUCUAAUUCGGAAGGCGGCCCAUAUUAUGAUUUCAUCGCUAGCUGGUUCGUUAGCCUUAGUUACGUGUAAGGAACCUCUGCGUAUUUCUCUAACGCACCAUUUAAGACACUGGUUAGAAAAAACGAGCACGAAAGAUUGCAACGACCAGGUUUUAAUUGAACAAGUGAUUCAAAUUCUAAGUGCAGAUAACCUAGAAUUAGGUUGCAGUCUAGUCGAACAGGCAGUUAUUGAAAAAGCUAUCAAAGAUAUUAAUGAAGCAUUGGAACCUACCCUUUUAUCCAGACAAGUAGCCAAAGAACAUAGAAUCGCUCUGAAUGAUCCCAUUCAUCUUAUGAACACCAAAAGAAUGCAGCUAGAGAUCGCCCACUAUCUAAAGUUAGGGUUGCCUGUGACGAAUAAUCAGUUGCAAAUAUAUAAAGACUUCCUAAACAUAGCCCCGCUGAAAAAAUUACAUGCCGCUGCGAAAGCGCUUACGAAAAUAUACACAAAAGUGAAUGAUGUAAAUGUAGAGAAUAAUCAACAGGCAGGUGGUACUCUCAUGCAUGCCCUCUUCUCAAAUUCGAAUUUACAGAAGAAGGAAGAAAAAAUGGAUUAUCCAAAAAAUAUGAACGAAGAGAAGCGAACAGUUAAUGAUCCCCCAAUUGGAAUGCCAAAAAGUGAUCCCACAUUAGCCAGAAAAACCAACACGGAUUACAAUAUAAAUGGUAAUAUAAAGACUGAGCAAAGUGUAAACAGCGCGAAACGGAACGCGAAUGAAAAUACACCCCCACAAUCUAGUUCACCAUCUGCAACCCAUGUAGACACAAAUUCGCAGCUGCAUAAAAUUCUGAACAAAUUAGAACUUGCUACUAACCAACUGAAAGAUGCCAUUAAGGACAUCCUCAUCUUACCGCCCAUACUGUUUAACAUAAAUAAAGAAAAGCCUUCCGACAAUAUAAACAAAAUGAGUCUUCACAUUUUGUAUAGCCUGUCCGUUGAUGGAAGCAUAUUUAACCUAAUUAAAUCUAUUCCAGAAAUAGCAGCGCUAACACAACAUAAAGACGAGACCAUCAUUUCAUACUCAAACAGAAUUUAUAAGUUCCUUUUUGAAGUUAUCCCCCCUCACAGUAACAAAACGCCUUGGGUUUAUCGAUCCAAUGACCCCUCUGGCAUAUACUUGGAAGUAUUUCUGUGCAUCCUGGAAAAGCUAAAAAAAAAAUGCCCCUUAUUAAAAGAACACAUAACGGAUUUUAUAAUGUCGAAUGAUUCUUCUUCCCUCUCGAAUGACAACUCACCAAGUUGUAGUAAGCCCCUUUUUGCCCCAUCAAACUUGGUCAAGGAGAAUGAAUCAGACGAUAUAACAAAACUGGGAAGCCAAUUUCCCUCCCCGACGAAUAGCAACUCAAAUGAAGGGGGCCACCAAAAUAAGAACGAGUCAGAAACAAAAUGUCACAAUAAAGGAGUGGCAAAACUGAAUGCAAAUGUGAUAGCUGGCUUCAUAAGGUACAACCUGAUGGAUAUGCAGAAAUAUAAAUAUUACCUAGUAAGACAACUCAGCACGGACAUGUAUAGCAUCAAUGCCAAUACAGAGUUUGUCACCCUACUGUUGAGACAAAUUUUAAUCGACUUCCAAAUUUUCAGAUACAACGAUUUUGAAGACAUAUUUAUCAUUUUAAAUAACCUGAAGGAGCAAAAAAUUCUGACCAACAAAAUUUUUUUCUUCAACCACUCCCCCCCAAUUGAUACCAACGUCGCCAUCGAAAUAUUAACUGAAGAGGCCAAAAAGAUUCAGGGAAAAAAAGGUGCCGUCAUUUUUUCAGACCUGCUACACGUUUAUGAGGAAUAUUUAAAAAGCGAUGAUGAGCGUGACCAGGAGCAGGAUCUAGACGUGCCGAGAGGUGGCAACACAGAUCAGAUGAUGCUACGCAUGGGGAUGGACAGGAAUGGCACCGAUGAGGACGGUAAAAAGGGACAACUGCAAGGGAACCAAGUACAAAAUGGUAGAACUUCACAACACGCGCAGGGCGAAGGUGGCGCAAAGCGGGAGGAUGGGUUGUAUUACUCAUAUAGAACACUAGAGGGAGCAGAAGCGAAAGAAAACAUAUUCGAAUUGAAAUGCCCAAGCACAAAUAACAACUUCCAUCUGAACGAAAUAAAAAAAAGUGAGUUGAUGAAAAACCCACUGGAAUAUUUUAAAAGGGACUAUAACCAGUUAAGUGAAGACCUUUUAAGCUCCCUAAUCGAGGAGAAAAAUUUCGAUAAAGUUCACGAGGAACUGAAGAGCGUGGACAACUUUGGUCUUCUAGACAUGGAGGGGAUCAAGGUGCACACCCGUGAAGAUGUGUACCUGCGCGAGAAAGGCGAAAAGGCCAGGUCGGCACUCAGUACGCGCACCAGCACCAACAAUAAGAGCAACGUGGACGGAAGCGCGAUAAGUAAGACGAACCAGGAAAACAGAACAAAUGCGCACCUUUGCCAAUCCAAGAAACAGGCGAAGAGGGAAUACAAGAAAAAUCUGAAAAUUUUAAUGAACCCAGAAUACAUAACGACCCUGACGCAGAUAAUCGAUUUCUGUCUGAACACGGACUGGAAUAUAUUGCAAAAAAAAAAAAAUAAUACAUAUUUCAAAGACAAAGGGGUGGGAGGCAUCAGAGUAGUUCCCAAACCGCAGAAGAUUCCAAAACAACAUGAACAGAUCAUUAGUAUUUUUUUUUUCCAGUGGAUAAAAUUAAUCAAUCUUAAGAAUGUGGAUAACCCUAACCAAAGUUAUGUUAAAUUUUUUCAAAACAUAUCCAACCAAGGAUUGCUACGAAUUGAUAACAACACUGAUAAUUUCUUUGCCGUGUGCAUUUAUAAUGCUGUGGAGGGAGGGACCUGUAUUAGCACCGUCAACUCCAGUGGGCCCAUCGUGGAAAGGGGGAAAAAUAUGAACUUGCUGGAUAAUGCUCAUAGUGCAAAUGGAAACAAUGGGUCGGAAUACCAUGCAAGCGCCACUCAUUGUGAGCAGCAAAACAAUGACACUUCUGUAACCUCACAGAAGAGAGAAUUCCCAAAUGAAAGAAUCGAUGCCGUGCAAGGAGGGGCCACAAAAGGGGACAAUAAUAAAUCGAACGAAGUAUGCCUCCCCAGUGGAGGAAAUGAACAAUCAUCCCACUUGUACAAAAACCAAGUGAUAAACAAAAAUGCAGAAGAGGGUACACAGCGGUUUGACAAAAAUGGCAGACAAGCAGAACAGACUAAUAGGGAUGAAAAAAAAGAACCAAUAGAAAAAAAUAGCAACAGCAGUAAAGUUUCCCAAGUUUCUGAUGAAAACCGUUCCUGUAUAGAAUCCACAAACUUAACAUUUUAUUCAAAUAUAUCGAAUUAUGAGCAGUGUCAUUCAGAUGAGGAAGAAGAAUUCUGCCUUGACCCUUUAUCAAGAAAGCAGAGAAGGACAAAGCAAAUGCAGGUGAAAAAAAGCGAAAUGUUGAGGAACUUAUCUGCUGCCAUCGACGGAUCUGCUGACGUCGACUUUGUGUCAAGCGAUGAUAAAGAAUUUAACAAAUCGGAGACCCAUUUCAAUGUGAAGAGGAGGAACAAUGAUGGGAGUCCAAAUGAAAUGGCUUCCCCUUUAAAGGACAGUUAUAAGGACGGAAGUCAGGUCGAGUCAGACGGGGAUGAAGUGGAGGAAGACGAAGCGGAAGAUGCGGAACAAACGGAUGAUGAACUGAAUGAGCAGUUAGACGAAGCAGAAGUGGAUGAUGAAGUGGAGGAGGAGCAAACAGAAGUAGAUGAGCUGGAAGCGGACCGUGUGGAAGAGGUGGACGAGGUGGAGGAGGAGGAGGAGGAAGAAGAAGAAGAAGAGUCGGGGGAGGAAAACCACAGGAACGACGCAGACGAAGAGGAGGAUGAGGGAGAGGAAGACGAUGUGGUGGUGCAAAACGACGAGGAAGGAGAAACGCAAAUUGAGAGCGACGAGGAAGACGAAACAGAUGCUGAGGAGGACGAUGCGAAUGAAAUGCACGAGGAGGACCAAACGCAGGUUGAGGAUGACGAUCACGGCAGUGAUAGUUACGAGUUGGAAGAAGAUGAAGAGCAACACGAGUGGCAGCAGUUAGAGGACGGCAAAGAAGAACAGGACGAGCUAGAAGCCAGUGAGGAUGAAGCCGAUGUGGAAGAUACCCACAACAAUGGCGAGAGCGACGAUGAGGAUGUGUACCACUACAACUUCGACAUGUGCAACAGUUAUGCCUGCAGACAACCGGAGGGGGGCAACAAAAUCGGAGGAGGCACCUCUAGUGCAGAACAGCCUGAGAGACUGACAGGAAAUUCCCAUUUAGACGACGCGAUUGACACUCUGUCGCUUGAUGGCCUGGCGAAAAUGAUCAUCUGCAUGAUGAAGCUAGUCGAUACGCAGCAAAUUUCGCCAUUUAUUCUGUUUCAAAAAGUGAUGAACGUAUAUUGUAGAAUCGUAGUCAGGGAGUCGAGAAGGAAUAAAAAGAAAUUCAACCAAAGACCAUACUUUCGCCUCUUCUUAUCCAUCCUAGUCGAAAUAAAUAAAAACGAGAAAUACUUUGAGCAGUCGUACAAUAAGUUAAUCCUAGCCAUAGGAUAUUAUUUGUGUAUUCUGAACCCAUUACGUGUACCCGGAUUUAUCUUCGCAUGGUUAGAAUUGAUUAGCCACAAAUUGUUUCUACCAAAAAUAUUGAAAACGUCCAAGGGAUGGUGUAUAUACAACAAAUUACUAAUUUACCUGUUAGAAUUUCUGUACGUGUUUCUAAAGAAUGCCUUUCUCACCCCCCCCAUAAAAAUAAUUUACAGAGGGACACUAAGAAUGCUUUUAAUUUUGCUGCACGAUUUUCCAGAGUUCCUUUGUGUAUACAAUUUCUCAUUCUGUAACUCCAUCCCCUUAAAUUGUAUCCAAAUGAGGAAUCUAAUUUUGUCUGCUUUUCCAAGAAAUCUUAAAUUGCCCCAUCCCUUUUAUCCCAAUUUGAAAGUAGACCUCCUACCAGAAAUGAAGGUAGUACCAGUUAUCCUAAACAACUUCACCUUUAUUCUAAUUGACUAUAACAUAAAGAAAUACAUCGAUGAUUAUUUUGUCACCAGAAAUGUUAUCUCAUUAAAAAAAAUUCAUCAAAAAUUGCUUGUGAAGAAUAAAAUGAAAGCUUUAUAUUUGAAAACCAAGUACAACAUAGCGUUGAUAAAUGCCCUAGUGUUAUAUAUUGGUAUGUCCCUUCCCUCCCAAAUAUUAAUGAUUGACAAAGUUUCAGAGUCCCAUCCUGCACUGGAAAUAAUCCUACAUCUCACUUAUAAGUUAGACAUGGAAGGGAGAUAUUAUUUGCUCUCUUCCAUUACCAACCAUUUGAGAUACCCCAAUGCACACACUCAUUACUUUUCUUGUCUCCUCCUCUGGAUUUUUAACAUUUCAAAAAUGGAAAUUGUAAAUGAACAAAUUACUGGAAUUUUGUUAGAGCGACUAAUAGUUCAUAGACCUCACCCCUGGGGACUACUCAUUACCUUCAUUGAGCUUAUUAAGAAUCCCAUCUUUAAAUUCUGGCAGUAUUCCUUUGUGCAUGUUAACCCAGAUAUAGAAAAAUUGUUUCAAUCCAUAGCGCACUCUUGUUUGGUCAACCAGAUGGAGCACUUCAGCGGAGUCGGAGCAGAUGGCGCAGUUAACGGGGCCAAUCAGGGAACCGCACACACAACGAGCGAUAUCAACCCCACCAAUGCAAGGAAUUUCCCACCCUCUAACGAUAGAAUCAACGCCGACUUGAAAAUGUUUACCCUACCAAAUGAGCCCCUUUCAAAUAAAAUAAUGUCCAAUGCUCAUAACCACAGCCAAGGCAGCACCAGCAGCACCAGCAUUACAAAUAGGUACCCGCAAAAAAAUGAGCACACUGUAAAUGGAAAUAUUGGCAUGAGUAACCACUUCACCCAUAGCAGUAACGAUGACCUUUUCAGGAAAGCAAUGAGUGGCGACCAGCUAAAUGGCUACGCAGCAAAAGGUAACGUCUACCCCAGUGCGUUUGAACAACCCCCUAGGGUUCAUCCCAAUAUGUUAAGAAGUUACAUCAAUUACAAUGACAGCAAUUCGAUCGAUACGGAUAAUUGUAGCCUCUCCAAUAAUCGCGUCGUUCAAAGGAACCAUCCCAUCAGUGGGUAUGCCAUCCCUCCCCAUAUUGUUGCAGAAAGUAACACUCGCAAUGAUUUUUACCAUCCCCCAAAUUUACAUCAGCUGCUUGGUAAAAGUAAUAAAAUAGUAGAUGUUGAUGGUCAGAGCGAUUUCGGAGAGAUGCAAAGGGGAGUACCGAAUGGCAGUCUUAGUGCUAAUGAGAAUGAAAGGAAUGCACCCCCCGUUAGAGGUAUCCAUGCGGUCAUGGGGCGUGGCACAAAUGUGGGGUUCCAUGCCGGCUUGAACCCUAAUCGAAACCUCAUCAGUAACAAUCUGAGUCUUAAGUCGCGCAACCAUAGCGUAGAGAGUUUGAUUAAUCUGACGAAUUACUCCGAUAUGAAAAACGUCAGUAGUAAUGCAAACCACGGAGGGCACUGA